GCGCUUCAGUUGCCGGGGCUGCUUUGGCUGAGCGGAGCGCGACCAGGCGGCACCAUGAGCUCCAUGCUGGACGUGCGGAACCUCUACCAGAACCUGCUCAACCUCUCGCUGAGCGAAGAGCUGGACACACCUGCCUCCGCCUUCUGCAGCCGCCCAGCCUGCUCCUCUGAGGGGGCACUGCCGGGCAGCGGGGAGUCGGCGCUGUGGCCCCCGCGCAGCCCCUGGAGCCCCCAGGGCGAACAGCCGCGGCCCCCGUUGCGCCCAGACCGCUCGGUCAGCCUGAUCGAAGGCAAAGGCCAGCCGCUGCCGCCCCCACCACCCGGCUUCCCGCCGCUCAAGCAGCUCAGCGCGCCCACCCCAUCGUCCCGCUACAAGACGGAGCUGUGCCGCACCUUCAGCGAGAGCGGCCGCUGCAAGUACGGCGCCAAGUGCCAGUUCGCCCACGGCUCAGCCGAGCUGCGCUCCGUGAGCCGCCACCCCAAGUACAAGACGGAGCUGUGCCACAAGUUCUACCUGCACGGCGAGUGUCCCUACGGCUCCCGCUGCCACUUCAUCCACUUCCCCGAGGAGGCGCAGGCCUUCGGCAGCCACGGCGGGGGCGCCUCCCCGCACCUCCUGCGCCAGAGCCUCAGCUUCUCCGGGGUGCCCACCGCCCGCCGCACCUCCCCACUGCCCGGCCUGCCCGACCCGGCCUCCUUCGCCCGCGCACCCUCCGCCUCGCCGCCGCCCACCUCCGCCGACCUCCUGUCACCCGCCUUCGAGCACCUCAACCUGGACCCGCUCGCCCUGGUGGCCUCCUUCAGGGACUCGCUGCCGGGCCCCCCCACCGGGGGCUGCUGCUCCUGCCGCUGCGGGAAGGCGGGCGGCUCGCUCCAGAGCCCCCGGGACUACUUCUCGGCCGCCCCCGGGACGCCCCCGUCGGCCAUGCCCAGGACCCCCUCCUCCAACUCGCUCUCGGACCCCGACUGCUACAGCAGCUCCAGCAGCCUCAGUGGCUCCGACUCUCCGGUUUUCGACCAGCACCCCGUCGGCGGGCCGGCGGGGACCUCUCACCGCCUGCCCAUCUUCAAUCGGCUUUCCGUCUCGGAAUGAAGGCCGGACAGGACGUUUCAAGCUUGCUGUCGAUUGCCACGGAGGGGGCCGCCCUCUGGAUGAGAUUCCUUCGGAGAUGGGGGGACCCCAAAGUCUGCCCCCUCCCAGCCUGAACUGAUGCCAGCUGCUUUUCGG